GAAAGUUAAAAGGGUUCAAAUGCUAGGGUUUUGGAGAAUCAAAUUGCUCCGCUAAGCUUACCAUCAAUCGGGAGCUAUAAUCAUCAAUGGCGAAUCGUACGGACCCAUCUGCGAAAAGCAUACAUGGAACGAACCCCCAAAACCUCGUUGAGAAGAUAUUGAGAUCCAAAAUUUACCAAAACACAUAUUGGAAGGAGCAGUGUUUCGGUUUGACAGCUGAGACGCUUGUGGACAAGGCCAUGGAGUUGGAUCACCUCGGCGGCACCCACGGCGGAAAUCGCAAACCGACGCCGUUCAUCUGCCUCGUCAUGAAGAUGCUCCAGAUCCAGCCUGAUAAAGAAAUCGUCGUCGAAUUCAUCAAAAACGAAGAUUACAAAUAUGUACGAAUCCUUGGAGCCUUUUACUUGCGACUUACAGGCACAGAUAUUGAUGUCUACCGGUAUCUAGAGCCUUUGUACAAUGAUUACAGGAAACUGAGACGCAAAUUAGGCGAUGGAAAAUAUUCCUUGACACAUGUGGAUGAGGUUAUUGAUGAACUCUUGACAAAAGAUUAUUCCUGUGAUAUUGCUCUUCCACGCAUAAAGAAAAGGCUUACCAUUGAAGCAAUUGGCGCUUUAGAACCUAGAAAAAGUGCACUUGAAGAUGAUUUUGAGGAAGAAGAGGAAAAAGAUGAGGAUGAGCAACCCAUGGAUACAGAUGUUGGGGGUCACGAAAAGGAUUAUUAUCGCGGACAAAGCCCAACAAAGGAAAGAGAGCGAGAUAGGAAACGUGACAGCCAUAGACAUAGGGACCGAGAUGUUGAUAGAGAGUAUGAGAGAGAUUAUGAUUAUGAGCGAGAGCGUGGAAGAGGGCGUGAUAGGGACAGAGACAGGGACCGUUAUCGUGGGAGAGAUGAAAGGGAUUACGGGAGGGAGAGACGUGGCGGCAGGAGGAGGAGCCGCUCCCGGAGUAGAAGCCGGAGCAAGGACAGAAAGGAACGGGGUCGGGAUGAUGGGGAGGAGAGGCGGAGGAGACAUGGGCGGGAUAGGGAUAGAGAUAGGGACAGGGACAGCAGUGGUAGCCCUAGAAGGAUGCAAGAUGAUGUGAAACCAGCCAAGAAGAAGAAAGAGAAGGAGAAGGAGAAGAAGAAAGAUGAUGGAACGGAUCAUCCGGAUCCUGAGAUUGCAGAAGCUAAUAGGAUUCGGGCUUCACUUGGUUUGAAGCCUCUCAGGCCAUGACAACAAAAUAGACAUGACAUAAAGAAGCAUGGUUUUGAUUUUUUAUUGGACUUUGUUGUUAAUGGAAUACAUGAUAUAAUUGUUGUAAUCUUCUAUAAAUAUGAGAUUGAAUCAUUUUAGGAUGUUA